UUUCUACAUGUUAACACACGGUGGCGGUGUGGAGUCAGCAAAGCUUUUAUCGUGGCCGCGAAGAAAAAAACAAGCCCGCUGAUUGGACGGCUGUUAAAGUAAACAAAGCGGAAGCUAAGCUUCACUGCAAGGUUGUGAUCCUGCUCCCUCUUCGGCCCUGAACCUGGAAGGUUUUAGUUUUAUUCCUGAUGGGGUUUGAAUCGUAAUGUGAUGUCAUCGCUCCUCCCGUUCACCAGCCGCAUGCUGGGAGUAUCCAGGUGGUUCAUGUGGAGAACUGCUCCAGGUCUCCCUCCGCUGUUCAGACUGACUCCGCCUGCACCCUCAUGGGUCGUGGCUGUUGGUAAGAAGGACCUGCUGGAUCUUCCAGUCCUUUUGGAGGAUGAACUUGAAGAGCAGUUUGUGAGAGGAUCUGGGCCCGGUGGACAAGCUACUAACAAAACCAGCAACUGUGUGGUGCUCAAACACGUCCCCACCGGGAUUGUGGUGAAGUGUCAUCAGACCAGAUCUGUGGAUAUAAACCGAAAGCGUGCCCGGGACAUUAUGAGAGAGAAACUUGAUGUGGCGUAUAAGGGAGAACUCAGUGAACUGAUGGUGAAGAAGAAAGAAUCUGUGUUGAGGAAACAAGAAAAACGGAAGAGGGCGAAUGAGAACUUGGAGAGGAAAAGACUGUUUAAAGAAGCCUUGGUUGCAGACACUAAACCUGGAGAUGACACCGUUUAAUAAAAUGUUUGUGUGGAUAAUUUAAUGUAAUCUAAAGCUAAUGAAAUAAACAGAAUUUUUAUUCUUUCUAAAACUC